ACCUGGAAAGUCACGUGGUCUGCUUUGGUAUACGGAAAAUCAUGUGACUCGGCAAUUUUGUUGAUAAACACUUGAAACGGCAAGAUGCCUGUGCAAAAUAUAGCUGCGUUUUGCUUAUUUGUCGCAUUUACAGUUGUUAGUGGUUGCAACAUACCUCCAAGUCAGUGGUGUAGUAGUGAGGAAGUUGCAAAAACUUGCCAGGUUUAUCAACAGUGCAAAAAUUACAUACAAAAUACUGCCAAUGUACCAGUGAAUUUUACUCUGUAUUAUGAAUCUCUGUGUCCUGACUGCAAGAAUUUCUUCAAACAACAGCUGUACAAAGCCUUCAAAUCUGUGGGUAGCAUCAUGAACCUGACCCUCAUCCCAUAUGGAAAUGCAAGGGAACAGAAAAUAGGAGACCAAUGGGUAUUUGAUUGCCAACAUGGAAAACAAGAGUGCAUUGGCAAUGUAAUUGAGACCUGUGCAAUAAGCAUAUUGGGAAAUAUAAGUGUUUACAUGCCAUUUAUCUACUGUAUUGAGCACUCUUCUGACAGCCAGCCAAGCAAAUCUGCACAGAAGUGUGCUUCUCAAUUUGGCAUUGACCUUGCACCGAUUAUGAAGUGUUCCACUAGCAAGAUGGGCAAUGAUUUGGAACACCAGAUGGCAGUCAGAACAGAUGCUCUACGACCUCGGCAUACAUAUGUACCUUGGGUUACUCUCAAUGGGGUACAUACCAAAGAAAUCCAGUGGAAAGCUGAACAUAAUCUGAUCCAGUUAAUCUGUGAGACAUAUCAGGGUGGUUCUAAACCUGUGGCAUGUUCCAACUUGAAGACUUCAGGAAGAUGCUACAAAAUUGAUAGCAAACCAGAUGUUUGAAAG